AUGGCUAAGAAGGUAUAUAGCUGGCGAAAUCUGCUCCUGGAAGCAUUGCUUCUCACUACUCCGAGUGGUCUUGUUUUGUACGCGCCAUUUGACAGAGAAAACGACAACAUGUGGUUUCCAUGGACUUCCGCGAGCAUACUGCUAUUUGCACGUGCGAUGCCCCAAAGCUUCAAAGAACGUCUAGCACAACUAACAAGUUCAAGAAAAUGUACUGGCAUCAAGCGCAACCUCUUUGAAAACACCACGGCCUCUGUGGAGCAGUUUCCUUCCCCCCAAAAUCUAUACUAUUCUCACGCCGAGCUACACAAGCAACUAGAAUACCAAUCCGUCCGCUCCUUCGAACUGGACCUGCAUUCUGACGAAAAAGGCGGUCUAUAUUAUCCUCCCUUGAUCUGGAAAUGCGCGAAAGACGCGAACCUCGCCACGACGCCAUUCGACGGCGAGAUUCUCAAGAAGCCGGGGAUCAAAGUCUUCCACAUAACGGAUGUCGAUAUGGACGUCGUUUGCCAUACCUUUAUCGAGUGUCUCCAGCAGAUCAAAACCUGGUCAGAUAACCACCGCCGCCAUGUCCCUAUCCCCAUCGACCUAGAACUGAAAACCGACGUCCUCCCGCGAAAGUUUGGUGGUAUUCCCCCAGGCGAAGCUACAAACUGGACCUUACCACGCAUCCUCGACGUUGACGCAGAAAUACUCUCCGUGUUCCCGCGCGAGCAGCUCAUCCGCCCAGACGACGUGCGAAAGCCAGGCCUCACUCUCGAACAAUCCAUCUUGACGCACGGCUGGCCCAGUCUAGACUCUGUCCGCGGCCGCAUCCUCUUCUUCUUCGACAACGAUCCCAAUCGGACCGACCCGAACUCGCCCCGCGAACUCUACACCGCGGAUGCACCCAGCCUAGAGAAUCGCACCGUGUUCACGAACGCGCGUGAAGGCUCAGAAGAUGCUGCAUUUAUCAAGUACAACGAGCCGCGGAAUGCCAAAAACACGGCGGAAAUUCAGCGUCUGGUGCGCAAAGGUUACCUCGUGCGUACGCGCGCUGAUGCACCGGUUAUUAUUAUUAUUCCAUUAUAG